AUGUCAACCAGUGUUAGCUGGGAGUUCCUUCCUGUUCGUAUUACAGUCGUGAGACAUGCAAACGGGGAAACAGUUCAAACCGCAUCACAAGGAGACGUUGAAGUUGAGAGUGAUGAAACACAUGCAACUGAUGGAGAAAAUGUUACAUCAAACGAGGAGCAUCCGGACUCUAGUAGUGACAGUGAAUGGGAGGAAACCAACGGAGACCCACAGGAGUGUACUUCAAAUAACGCACAAUUCACCGCGGUUGAAAAUGGUUUUGUUCGUGUGACCUCUGCUAACGUGCAUCAGUUGUCAUUGGAGAAACAAGAGGAGUAUGCUGCACGUUUUCGCUCCAAGGGUCACCUGGUGAUCCGACUACAAUAUCUUAAUGAACGCACACGAUAUGUUCAUGCCUCACCAAACACUACAAUAGCUCGGUUCAAGAGAAAAUAUUUUGCCGAUGAAAUCAACGUUCAAAAAAAGAACGUGCGACUAAUUUUUCAAGGUCGAGAACUGACCGAAUAUCCAUCUGGUUCCCGUUUAGACGGUUCUACCGCAACACAGGCAAACAAACCUCGUAUGAAAAGGCUUUGCGAAUACAACGUUACUGAUGGAUCAACUGUGCACUGCUUAAUCACCACUCCUGUCCCUCCCACGAGUACGCCGUCCACUGCAGACACACAAACAUCCGGUCGUUCUGGCCUGCGACGGCAACGAACUGGUCCGAGUGAUUCUAUCCUGACUGAUUUUGAUAUGGGAACACGUUUAAUGGAACCACUGUUUGCAUUUCUGCUGGCAUUCACUUGGUUUUUUCGGAUCGCCUAUCGUCAGUAUUUCAACUCGGUCUCUACGUUUGCAUUGGUUGCCUUAUCUGUCUUCUUCGUGGGCUCCGUAUUUGCAGUAAACUUUGUUAAUGCAUUCACAGCACUUGGGCGUUUCACUUCCUGGAGUUUAGGUGGGCGACGCCAACGUGUAGUCACUGUAACGAUGAUUGCAAGACGCGUUGGACAGAACCAGUCCGGUGAGCCAGAAGAAAAUUCAUCGGGGGAAUCUUCAACAACCGGAACUGAUCCAGCAGAUACUCGUGACACAAACCCAGAAAGGACCUGA